ACUGAAACCACAAUAUAAUAAUUGAAACCGUCAACUUAUCAUACCUUUCUGCAAAUUUCUUAACAAAGAAAAACUUGAUUUCAGUAUAGUUCACGGGUUGUCUUGCAUGCGUCAUUCUUUGCAGGUGUUGCGUUUGUUAGUGUCUUUUUUUUGUGUGUGUUUUUAUGGAUAGGAAAGUGGGCACUAUUAAUAAUUUGACCUCGAGAAGAACCAAUCCUCAAGAGAAAAUGGUAACUAGAAUUGUGGAUCUUCGGUCAGACACAGUGACAAAGCCAACUGAAGGAAUGAGAGCUGCUAUGGCAAAUGCUGAAGUUGAUGAUGAUGUUCUAGGCUAUGAUCCAACGGCUUUUAGCUUAGAAACAGAGAUGGCAAGGACAAUGGGCAAGGAAGCAGCUCUUUUUGUUCCAUCUGGCACUAUGGGAAACCUUAUAUGUGUACUUGCCCAUUGUGAUGUUAGGGGAAGUGAAGUUAUUCUUGGAGACAAUUGCCAUAUUCAUAUUUAUGAGAAUGGAGGCAUUGCAACAAUUGGAGGGGUGCAUCCAAGACCAGUGAAAAAUAACGAUGAUGGAACCAUGGACAUUGAUUUGAUUGAGGCUGCUAUCAGGGAUCCAGUGGGGGAGCUAAUGUACCCAACCACCAAGCUUAUUUGCUUGGAAAAUACUCAUGCAAACACUGGUGGCAGAUGCCUCUCAGUUGAAUAUACAAACAGAGUUGGAGAGGUUGCUAAGAAGCAUGGACUGAAGCUUCACAUUGAUGGAGCCCGAAUUUUUAACGCAUCAGUUGCACUUCGUGUUCCAGUGCAUAGGCUUGUCCAAGCAGCUGACUCGGUUUCAGUUUGCCUAUCAAAAGGUAUCGGUGCUCCAGUAGGAUCUGUUAUUGUUGGUUCCAAGAAUUUUAUAGCCAAGGCUAGACGACUCCGGAAAACCUUAGGAGGUGGAAUGAGACAGAUUGGGGUCCUUUGUGCUGCUGCACUUGUUGCCUUACAAGAAAAUGUUGGCCAGCUGGAAUUUGAUCACAAGAAAGCUAGAUUUUUGGCUGAUGGAUUAAAUGAGAUAAAAGGACUGAAAGUGGAUUCGUGUUCUGUGGAGACCAAUAUAGUAUAUAUUGACAUUGAAGAGGGUUCAAUGACUACAGCAGAAAAGAUAUGCAAGUACCUGGAAGAACGUGGUAUCCUUCUGAUGCAAGAGAGUUCAUCAAGAUUGAGAGUUGUUCUACACCACCAAAUAUUAGCGAGUGAUCUGCAAUACGCCUUGUCAUGCUUUCAGCAAGCUGUUAAGGGAGUACAAAAUGAAAUUGGCAACUAGUGGAAGUAUUGGAAUUUGGCACUCAGCUGCCAUAGUAGUAUUUCAAGAUGAAUUUGUAUUCCAUUUCCCUUUGUUUAUUUUCUUUACUCUAAUGAACCCUAAAGAAGGGUGAUUUAAAACUUUGAUCUCUAUGAAUUGUUUUGACUUUAAUCACCGUUCCCCUGCUAAUUAAAGGAUAUAUUGCUUUACGGG